AUGGAGUCCGUAGCCACCUUUCCCGGUGCCGUCUGGACAUCGUACGAUCCGUGGUACCACGUCACCGAAACACCACUCCUCGUAACCAACCUCGUCGAGUUUCAGACGACGGCGCAUAACGUCUCGGACGUCGGCACGACCGACCGUUCCAACGACACGACAACGACUCUCGACAUCGUGGCGCUUGUUCUCCUACCACUCGUUCUGCUAUGCGGUCUCGUCGGUAACACUCUGGUCUGCAUCGCCGUCUUUCGGUUUGCACCUCUUCGCAUCGUCGCCAACUAUUUCAUCGUAUCCCUGGCGAUAGCGGACAUGGCGGUGUGUGGUAUUGUCAUGCCUCUGGCCGCUAUACAGGAGCUAGCUGGUGAGUGGCGCCUUGGUAUAAUCCUCUGCGAUGUGUGGGUGUGUCUCGAUGUCCUCAUGAGCACGGCAUCCAUCUGGAAUCUCUGCGUAAUCGCUCUCGACCGCUACAUGGCCAUCACACGUCCAGUUUGGUACGCUCUCCGUCGGACACCGCUGAUGGCCGCGGUUGCGAUCACCGUGGCCUGGGUUCUCUCCAUUAUCGUCAGCAUCCCCGCUCUCCUCUUCGUCGGCGGCUACGACCCGACGACGAGUAACUUUUGCGUGCUCAACAUCAGUCCCGUCUUCGCCAUCAUCUCGUCGAUGAUUUCAUUCAUUAUCCCCUGUGUCGUCGUCCUGGUCGUUUACCAACGGAUCCUGGUGGCAGCGCGACAUCAUAGUCGACGUCGAGUUCGUCCAGCGAUCAUGAGCGUUUCGACCGUACCGGCGGCCACGGCCAAGGCAACGACACGUGCAGGAAACAAUGGUAGCUCACUAGCAUGUAGCAGUAGCGCUACCAGUAGUAACCCUACAAGUAGCAACCCAUCGGCAACACCGUGCAGCAACCGCAACAACCAUGCACAUAAUAAUGCCAGUACAACAAACAGCGAGGGACAACCGAGUCUUGUCUCGUUGGACCCAAAUGCGAAUAACACAGCAAGCAAUUAUCACUUGGCAGAAAUUAGUCAGGAAAACACAGAUUUUAGUGCUGCAGACAAAACAAACGAUGAAAGGAAUCAUUCUGUAAACGGAGCAAAUAAUGUCGGCGAAGAGGAGCAGACAGAUAAUAAUCAUUUAUCGGUUAAACCGAAGUCGAAGCGUGUGACAUUAAUCACGGACGACGCCCCGACGACGCUGGCGAUAGCUAAUAACGCAAUCAACCAUCACCACCGCCAUCCCGCGUUCGUCAGACGGCGACAAAUAUCAGUCUCUCGCGAACGGCGUGCCGCGUUUGUCCUCGCCAUCGUCGUCGGCGUCUUCAUCUGUUGCUGGUUACCGUUUUUCAUCAUCAACGUUCUCCUCGGGAUUUGUCCGACCUGCCCCGUGUCCCCCGUCGCAUUUCAAGUGGUCACGUGGCUCGGCUGGUGUAAUUCUAUUCUCAAUCCCAUUAUUUAUACGACUUUUAACCGCGAGUUCAGAAACGCUUUCAGAAAAAUCCUCUUCUGUGGGAAAUUAUAGCUUGCCAGAUUCAUACAUUCGUUAUAAAUGUUGUCAUCUUCUUUCGUACGACUUUGGAAUUCAAAAAUGAAUUAGAGCCUUUUGAUAAGUUGUCGGAAUCAUGAGCGAAGUAUUUUUUUUAUCAGAAUAAUAGACUACUUUUUAUGAAAAAUGGAACAUAGCAGCUAUGAGAAGCCUGUCGAAACUAAUUUUAGAUGGCCUGAUUUAUGUGAGCUUACUGUCGGACCUCAGAAACAAGAUGAAGCUUUGUCAAGAAUUGUCAGAUACUUGAAGGACUAUUUAUUUCAAAAGGAAUAUAUACUGAUUAAUGACAGAUUAAAUACGUAAAAUACUAUGAGGAAGUACAUUCUGUACUUCAAAUAUAUCCACGUGAUUUCAUUGAAUGUAAGGAUAAUGCCAUCAAAUUGGAAAAGUGAACAUAGAUGCCUAUAUUUAGCAUUUCAUGCUUACUUGACCAAGAUUAUUUAAAACAACUACCGAAGCUUGAAAGUGCCACAAAAGACAGGAUAACCACUGGCGUAGCCAGA